AUGACCGACAUGAGCUUCUUGAGCAGCGAGGUGUUGGUGGGGGGCUUGAUGUCCCCCUUCAGCCAGUCGGCUUUGGGGGCUGAAGAAAGCUUAGAUCUCUUAGACGACUACCUGGAGGUGGCCAAGAACUUGAAACCCCAUGGGUUCUCCAGCGACCAGGCGAAGGCGGGCUCCUCCGAAUGGCUGGCUGCGGAUGGGUUGGUCAGUGCCUCGGACAACGGCAAGGAGGACGCCUUUUCGGGGACAGAUUGGAUGGUGGAGAAAAUGGAUCUCAAGGAGUUUGACUUCGAUGCCCUGUUAAGUUUGGGUGACCUGGAUACCAUGCCCGAUGAUGAGCUUUUGGCCACCUUGGAUGACCCCUGUGAACUCUUUGACCCCCUAGACCAGGAGAUUAAUAAGGAGCCCCUCCAUACAGUGAACCCAAUUGGCCAUCUUCCAGAAAGUUUACUACAAACUGACCAGGUUGCUCCCUUCACCUUCCUGCAACCUCUUCCCCUUAACCCAGAGCCCCUGUCCUGCACUCCCGAGCAUUCAUUCAGUUUAGAGCUGGGCAGUGAAGUUGACAUCUCAGAAGGAGAUAGGAAAUCAGACUCGGCUACUUUUAUUACCAUAGUCCCUCAAUGCAUCAAGGAGGAGGAGGUCGCCUCAGACAAUGACAGUGGCGUCUGUAUGAGCCCCGAGUCCUACCUGGGCUCUCCCCAGCAUAGCCCCUCCACCUCCAGGGCCUCCCCAAACAGGAAUCUGCUGUCUCCAGCUACCCCCUGUGGGUCUGCUGGCCCCAAACCCUAUGACCCUCCUGUAGAGAAGGUGGUGGUAGCAAAAGUAAAGGGUGAGAAGCUAGAUAAAAGGCUGAAAAAGAUGGAGCAGAACAAGACGGCAGCCACUAGGUACCGCCAGAAGAAGCGAGCGGAGCAGGAGGCCCUCACCGGGGAGUGCAAGGAGCUAGAGAAGAAGAACGAGGCUCUGAGAGAGAAGGCCGAUUCCUUGGCCAAGGAGAUCCAGUAUCUGAAAGAUCUGAUAGAAGAGGUCCGCAAGGCCAGGGGGAAGAAAAAGGCCCCCUAG